AUAGCAUAAAGUAACGAUGUGUUUUAAAAAAGAAACAUUCGUAUAUGCGAGUAACUAUCAUCGGAUCAUCAUUUCGAUACGAUAUGAAUCGAUUGUGGAGAACAUUGACGCGAAAACGCGUAGAAAAGGAGAACGACGAGGCAAAAGAUGAACAAUUGGCACGGGUCCUUGGCCUAUUCGAUUUGACUGCACUCGGCGUAGGCGCGACUCUUGGCUUAGGAGUUUACGUUCUUGCCGGAAGCGUGGCCAAAGACACUGCUGGACCUGCCGUUUGUAUCUCUUUCCUCAUAGCUGCCAUCGCGUCCGCUUUCGCAGGUAUGUGUUACGCGGAAUUUGCAUCCAGAGUACCAAAAGCCGGUUCAGCGUAUGUUUAUAGUUAUGUAACAGUAGGAGAGUUUAUCGCCUUUGUGAUAGGAUGGAAUUUAAUUCUAGAGUACGUAAUUGGUACAGCGAGCGCCGCUCGUGGACUUAGUAAUUAUAUCGACGCAUUAAUAGGAAAUGUUAUGGGUAACACUCUGCAUUCCUUUAUGCCUAUAGAUAUUUCCUUUCUGUCAGAGUAUCCUGAUUUUUUCGCAUUUGCGAUGGUUAUGCUACUAGUAAUACUGUUGUGCAUAGGAGUAAGGGAGUCGUCGAUCUUAAACAAUAUAUUUACCGUUGUAAACUUGAUAACGAUUGUGAUUGUUAUUAUCGCAGGAUCGAUAAAAGCGGAUUUGUCAAACUGGUCCAUCGCACCCGAGGAAAUUCCAACGUCCGUGAAAAACGGCGGAACCGGCGGAUUUAUGCCAUUCGGUGUCAGCGGAGUGAUGAUCGGAGCGGCCAAGUGCUUUUACGGAUUUGUUGGAUUCGACACCGUCGCUACCACCGGCGAAGAAGCAAAGAAUCCUCAGCGUCACAUUCCUCUAGCGAUCGUCCUAUCCUUAAUUAUCAUAUUCGUAGCGUAUUUUGGCAUCUCCACGGUCCUUACGAUGAUGCUGCCUUAUUACGCUCAAAACGCAGACGCGCCGUUUCCGCAUGCAUUCGACGAGAUCGGAUGGCCUGUCAUUAAAUGGAUCGUCAACAUCGGCGCGGUAUUCGCGCUAUGUACUAGUCUCUUGGGCGCAAUGUUUCCUUUACCGCGUGUAUUAUAUGCCAUGGCUAGUGACGGAGUAAUAUUCAAGACUCUCUCCAAAGUGCAUUCUAAAACUAUGACGCCUAUAUACGGCACGGUACUCUCUGGUUUACUUAUCGGUUUUAUGACACUUGUCUUCAAUUUGCAGCAAUUGAUCGACAUGAUGUCUAUCGGGACUUUACUAGCUUAUACAAUAGUAGCGAUAUGUGUCUUAAUAUUAAGAUAUCAAAAGGAUGAAAACUCUAGCAACGUUACUGCUAUACCGUUAAUGAACGAUUAUCCAUUUACAUCUGUAAAUAUAUUUAAGGAAUUAUUUAAUUUGCACAAUCAGAAAGAACCAACGGAGCUUUCUAGUAGAAUCGCAAAUAUCGGCAUCGCCUUACUUUGUAUCAUUAUAUGCAUCAUUACAUUUAUGAUUAAUAACAUGAGCACGCAUUUGCUCACAGGAAAUUUGGUAAUAUCUGUGAUACUAGUUGUAUUCGUGAUUGUUCUUUUCUUGAAUUUAGCCGCGGUUGGUAGGCAACCGGUACAAAAGACUGAAUUGUCUUUCAAGGUACCUCUCGUUCCACUUAUUCCUUGUCUCAGUAUUUUUAUAAAUGUAUAUUUAAUGUUUCAAUUAGACGUCUUUACAUGGAUCAGAUUUGGUACUUGGUUGCUGAUUGGAUUUUGUAUUUAUGGUUUUUACGGAAUUAACCACAGUGAGCAAGGGAAAAGAGAUAGGGCAGAAAGCAAAAAAUUACAGCAAAAGUAUGUCGAAAAGUUUAGAAUAGUGACAUCAUUUUGAUCAUCAAAUUUUUACACGCCCGCGUACACACACAUACACAUACACAUGUUUAAACCGUUCGUUUUAACCACUCAAAAACAGCAAGAAUAAUUAAAAAUAGUUUGACUAUUUCAGAUACAAAAAAUCUAACAUCAUUUUUAAUAUUUAAUUGAAAAAUAUUUUUUUUAAUGAUUUUCACAAUAUAUAAUUAUACAGAGUGGCCCCGAACGUUCCAGCCAGACUUUGAGAUUUUAUAGGAAAUUUAAUUCUGAACAAAAAAUUUCUUAUAAACAUGGGUCGAAAAAUGCUUCCUUAAGAAGUUAUCGCUCAAAAAUCUCUGAAAUCGUGAUUAUUUUACACAUUUUUCCAAAUAUCAUGAAAAAGAAAAUGUACGUCUUUUA